AUGAUGGAAAACAGAAACGUUCUGAAGGCCGCUCGCCUCCUCGCGCUAGCCACCAUCGUCAAAGCUCAAGCAUCCUGCGAUCUCACGGCCGAGACACACCCAUCUCUGACCUGGCAGGAGUGCAGCUCCGACGGAACCUGCGCGGACGUCCAGGGAAGCGUCACCGUGGACGCCAACUGGAGAUGGACCCACGACAAGAGCAGCAGCACUAAUUGUUACACGGGCAAUACCUGGGAUAGUUCCCUGUGUCCUGACGACGCCACGUGCACGGAGAACUGCUGCAUCGACGGUGCCAACUAUGAGUCCACCUACGGUGUGAGCGCCUCAGGGUCCAGUCUGAGUCUGGACUUUGUAACCGGGUCCAACGUCGGCAGUAGACUCUACCUGCUGGCGAAUGAUAGCUCAUAUCAGGGGUUCAAUUUGCUGGGCAACGAGUUCACCUUUGAUGUCGAUGUGUCGAAUCUGCCCUGCGGACUCAACGGUGCCCUCUACUUCGUAUCCAUGGACCUCGACGGCGGCGCCAGCGCCUACUCCAACGCAGGCCCCGGAUACGGCACAGGCUACUGCGACGCCCAGUGUCCCCGAGACCUCAAGUUCAUCGCCGGGUCCGCCAACGUCGACGACUGGACGCCCUCGGACACCAGCGCCAACUCGGGCGUCGGCGGCAGGGGCGCGUGCUGUGCCGAGAUGGACAUCUGGGAGGCGAAUGUUGUCUCUACCGCGGUGACCCCCCAUACUUGCACGGACCCGUCGUACCAUAGCUGCUCGGGAGAUAACUGCGGAGGAACCUACAGCUCCACCCGCUAUGCUGGUGACUGCGGCGUCGUUGACACGAGCUCGACCAUCACUGUUGUCACGCAGUUCGUCGAGGAGAGCGGAACGCUUAGUGCGAUCAAGCGGUUUUACGUGCAGAAUGGCGUGGUCAUCGCGAACAGCGAGAGCAACAUCGAGGGCAACGCCGGAUACAACAGCAUCACGGAAGAGUUCUGUUCCACGCAGAAGUCGGCGUUUGGUGAUGACGAUAUCUUCGCUGCUCGCGGGGGUUUCUCUGGCAUGAGUGACGCGCUGGCUAAGCCCAUGGUCCUCGUCAUGUCUCUCUGGGACGAUUACUACGCCAACAUGCUCUGGCUCGACUCCACGUACCCAGUGAACGAGACCGGCGCCGGCACAGGUCGCGGAACCUGCAGCACCGACAGCGGCGUGCCAUCCGACGUCGAAUCCAAGUCUGGGUCAUCCUCCGUUGUAUACAGCAACAUCAAGUUCGGACCCAUCGGCUCCACCUUCGACAGCAGCAGUGUGAGCAGCGACUCCGGUCCAAGCUCCGGCUCCAGCUCUGCCCAGGCCUCAAGCGCCAGCUCCUCUGUGUCGCAAGCUGUUGCAGAGUCCUCAACCGCCGCCGCUACCACCUCUGUUGAAGCGGUCCAGACUCCGGCAUCGAGCGCCGCGUCGAGUGUCGAGGCUCAGGCCCAGUCUGCGACGGCUGCGACGGCUGCGUCAUCUGCCAGCGCCGCCACCGAGCCCGUGACGAAGCCCAAGACCUGCAAGAGGCGAAACAAGUCUGUUCAGAACUAG